GGGGAGGGGGGGGUGGAUGGGUUCAUCGGGUUCAUGUAGUAAUGCACGCCUCCUCCCAUUUCAGGUUGGCUGCUUACCCGGCUCCCUCCGUGAAAGGGGUAGCUGUAAGGCAAAUAGGUGAUGGAAGUUUGCAGUGGAAAUGGCUAAAUAGUCGAGCUUGACCUUUUAUUCGGGACACAGAAACUCGAUCAGCUGAUGACUCCAAACUAGCUGCCAUUUUUAGGUCAUUCGAGGCGCCUCGCUAACUUGUUUGUAGCUCCAGCCAGCUGCACGAAUAAAGCUGCUCUCUCCGCCCGCCAGCCGCCCUGUGGGAUGGGGGCAUCGCUUUGUCCUGUGCUGUCUAACGGUGGAAUAUAAAUCAUGAUGGCUGAUGGAUGUUGCAGAGGGAUGGAAAGAGGCAGGGGGAAGAUUGCAUCAGAUUCUUUACCGAGACCUCCAUAUCCCCAGCAAUACGUCCAGACCGGAUCCCAGCAGCAGGGCAGUGACAUCCAGGAGUUAGCCUCCAAACGCGUCGACAUCCAGAAGAAACGCUUCUACCUGGACGUGAAGCAGAGUGUGCGCGGGCGCUUCCUGAAGAUAGCCGAGGUGUGGAUCGGAAGAGGCCGUCACGAUAACAUCAGGAAGAGCAAGCUGACGCUGUCCAUGUCGAUGGCCCCCGCUCUACGCUACUGCCUGGGAGACUUCAUAGAUUACUAUGCCCGGAUCGGACUGCGGGGGGGCCUGGCGCCUCCGCAGCUCGAGGAGCACAGCAGCAACGGACAGGGCCGCGCGCACGACUCCCGCAGGAGAGCGCAGGAGCAGCACGCGGGGCUGUCUCCAACCGGCUCCGCGGCGAGCGACGAUCAUGCCCACCGCGUCCUCAAGAGCGAAUUCAUCGAGAGGGACAACAGAAAGUACUUUCUGGACCUGAAGGAGAACCAGAGAGGCCGCUUCCUCCGCAUACGGCAGACUGUCAGCAAAGGACACGGCACCAUGGGCUACUACGGCCAGGGCAUCGAGCAGACCAUCGUGCUGCCCGCUCAGGGGCUCAUCGAGUUCAGGGACGCGCUGUCGCAGCUCAUUGAGGACUACGGCGACGAGGACAGCGACGACCGCGGCCGAGCCGGCUCCAGGACUCACGACGACAACCCCGAGCUUCCAGAGGCUGCGUCCUUUCGGGUGGACAACAAGAGGUUUUACUUUGACGUCGGGUCGAACCGCUACGGUAUCUUUUUAAAGAUUAGCGAAGUGCGACAGCCGUACAGAAACACCAUCACCGUCCCCUUAAAAGCCUGGGCGAGAUUUGGAGAGAAUUUCAUCCGGUACGAGGACGAGAUGAGGCGGAUUUUCUCGUGUCACAAGGAGAAGAGGACAGACGCCCGGCAGGACAGCGAGGAGCAGGAGGACUGACCUUGCGUUGUGGGGACCGUGGGUCGCAGGGGGGCUGGAGCCAAUCCCAGCUGACAUCGGGCGAAAGACGGGGUACACCCUGGACAGGUCACCAAUAAGUUCAGUUGGCAUUAACAGCAAAUUAUAGGAGCAGAUUUGACAGGCACGCAUCUACUACAAUAUGGUAAGAUAUUCUAAUAAUAAGAAGUAGAUAGAAAAACAUGCUGCGAAAAAAAAGCUCAGUUCUCUCUGCAGUUGAGUUAAAUGAAGAAAUAGUAUAUAUAUAUAAUAUAUUUCCUGCCAUGCUAAAGGAUCAUUCAAGUGCAAUAUGGUUGGACUUUUAUCACUGAGGUGUGUUGUUUUUAUGCUUGUUGAUGCGGGUAUACUGCACCAUCACCCUCCUGCAGACAUGCUGCUGUGGAGAGUGAAUAUCUCAAACCACAGUUUUUUAAAACCGUCUUUCUGAUAGGCUGGCUGCGGUACAUAAGAAAUGCAGUUCCACGCAAGGUGUAUUAAACUGCAGAUAACCAUAGAAACAACACUGAUGUUUCACAUGACAUUACUUGUUUAGUCUCUAUGGCUUGAACUGAUUACAAAUAAACUUUAAAAGAGAAAAAGAUUGGAAUCCAGCUUUCAUCAUGCUGUCGCAUCACAAUUCACUCAUUACUGGAUAAUACUAAGCUGCUGCACUGAGGUUCAAGGGGAAAGAGUUCAAAAGGCUUCCCACGUCACCAUAAUCUUUAGUCCACUCACUGACGCAACUCAAACAUGCACAUUUCAAACCACACAGGAACAUCAGAAGCGUCUGAGUCGGGCCCUUUGUCUCAGUGUAACUCUACAAUGUGCUGAGAGCUGUCAAAGCCAAGUUUAAUGGAGUUGAGAUGUACUGAAAUGACAGGAGGUGAAGGGUGUAGGAGGGAGAACUGUUGAGAAAAAUCAGUUUUAAAAGAUUUGUGAUCGUGGCAGCCAGUUGUUGUGAUGCCUUUAUGUGCACGAAAAGCACAGGACUAGUUUGGUUUGGCGUGUUUGUUGUGUGGCGUAGGGCGUGAACGUACGUGGUUGUUUUAUUUUCAUAUAAAUGGCUAAAGUUAUAUGAAGCAGUCUAGGAAGUAGAAUUCAAAGCACAAUUUAUUUAAAAAAUCUGUGGCUUUAGAAUAUAUAAUUAUUGUAAAAUGUACUACUUACAUUCAUUUGAUUCAGCAUUGAUGGCCAGUGAUUUUGGCUCCAGGGGCAAAUUUUCUCAAAGAUUAAAUUGUGCCUCAGCUAAGAUAUUAAGACAAAGACGUGGCGUUUAUUCUCCUGAAAGUGGAAUAUGGAUGCCUUAGACGGUAUAAUGCCAUCUGUCUUUUGAAUUCCAAAUAUCACUCCAAAAAGCACUUUAAAGUAAAGCUGCACUUUUGUUCUGCUGCUUUGUAAUCAGCUGACAGAGAGGGACCAUUUCUAUCCAUGCCUUUGCUGUAAAGAGACAAUCAUGGGUUUGUGCUUACAGAAUCUGAUGAGCUGCAGUUCGACACAUGACUCCCAUCAUGAUCUGUGUCCGGUUUUGAGCUUCUCAUUGAAGCGACGGUCUGGAGCUGAUCAUCCUGUGUGUAUUAACGCAAACGGCAUAUUAAAUAGUCAUUGUCAGGUGUACUGACACACUGAAGUCUCACUGAAGUUUGUGAAAUGAGCACGGAAUUUGAAAUGCAGAUUUUAUUCUGUGGACAUGAACAAUGUGAUGAUUACAGUGAAUGUGAUUGUUUGGCAGCAGCACAAACUAAGGCCGUCCUGUUUAUUAGCUCAACAGGGCAUGCCUUGUACUUCUGACAGGGGUGCCCUGUUGUCAGUAAACCAGGCUUCUGUUGCUGCUAAUGCUAAAUGGUGAACAGAUAGUUAUGACGCCAAACAAUCUGAGACGUAAUGUGAGGUAUCUUUCUGAAUUUUAAACCAUAGAUUGCACCAUAACUUAGGCAAGGCAAGUUUAUUUGUAUAGCACAAUUUAACAACAAGGCAAUUCAAAGUGCUUUACAUAAAACAUAAAAGCAACAGGGAAAUAUGUAAAAGUUUAAAAGCAACACAAAAUACUUAGUUGGACCAGCGUACAUGCUACAACGUAGUUUGGCGUUAGAUCCCGUUGGUUACAUUUGGAUACAUUUGAAUAAAUUGCGUGUGGGGUGUGGGAGCAGAUGUUUCAUGCCAUGGCUUUGUGCUCAUUUCACAGCAUUUCAUGAGACCAAAAUUUGUGUGUGCAGCAUGAGAAGGAGAACGAUCUCGGCUCUAAAACAUCACUUUUCCAGAUUACGUACUGUAUCUUCUUUAGAAUCAAACUGAUGUACUGGAUGUCAGUGGUGGAACCCUCAUAGAACGUUCCCUUCUUAUUAAAUAGUAAGGAAUAGGAAAUAGUACCGCAGAGCAAGAGAAUAUUCUUAAGAAAGCUGAGUGAGAUUUUAACUAUUUGUCUAAAAGUAGUGACCCUGAUUUAAAAUGAUAACAACUCUUAAAUCCCAAAUCUAAUUUAAUAAAUAAAUAGAUACAUAAUUUAUGGUUUAAAUGCUUUGUCUGUAUUAAUAACAAUGUUAGUCUCUUAUUUGCACAAUAAAAAGUGGGUAUUUAAUAUGUUCAUAUUUGUAAUGCUUUUUAUUCCCCUUAAAGAGGCAUACUGGUGCAUUGCUUUUGUAUCCCAUUACCAACAAAUCAUGUAUCCUUCAUAUUACUGCUGAGCUGUUCUAAGCAGACCAUCAGACUGUAGAUUGAUCUCCAGCUCUGUUGUUUUGACAGCGUAGCUCAAUGCUGAGCCCUCAGUCAGACCCACAAGAUAAAAAGUAAGAUAACAUGGACGAUAAGGGAAAUGAUCAAUUUAACUUCUUGCAUUUAAAAGAUUGCGUUAAGCAACAGCAAUAAGACAACUCUUAAAUGUGAUGUCAUAGUAGUGUUACUCCCAUGCAGUAACUUCCAGCUUGCCUACAUAUAGAAAAAAAAAAGUGGAACAAAAUAGCAAAGAGCUGUUUGAAAUGAACUGCACGCAGUGAAUCAGAAGGUUUGGGCUGCUGAACACUUACAAGAAGAUAGCCACCGCUUUACUACAUGAAACGAAAUAAAAUCUGUCAGUAACAGACCCACUUCGCGCUUCACAUUUGACCUACUGUUUGUACUUUCUUAGUUGUCUGUGCUCAGUUUUCCUGUGCAGUGAGAGAUUAUUAGCCACAUUUCAGUUUUAUCUCCAGAUAAAGUGGUUUAAGUAAUGCUUGCACUUUCUCCAUUUCCCCUAUAAUUAGUGCCAAAUUGCAUAGUUAUUUCUGUUUGUUUGCAUGGCAUACUGACACGAAUGGAAACUAAAUCAGUGUGAGAACUGCUGAUGUUUACAGUAAUGUAAAGAGCGCACUCUGUAUACCUAAAAGGUGUAAAAAGGCUGUAGAUUCCUCACUGACAGAGAACAGCAGCUGUGGUUCGCCUGACUUCUGUCACAUUUCACAGUGGAAGUAACGGAUCAAAACAUUUUAACUCCAACAGAACUUCAAUUUAAGAGAUUUUGUCAAAACAUACACGCGGUAUUGAGAUGACCAUUCGCCCACACGCGUAGGAAGACUCUUGGUCAUUUCAAUACUGUUAGAUAUUCAGUUAGCAGCUAGCUAGGGGUCAAGCCUAAACUAUUUAACGCUCAACUUUAUAUAUAUAUAUAUAUAUAUAUAUAUAUAUAUAUAUAUAUAUAUAUGCUAAAUGCACGCGUCCUCGCAGGAGUACGAAAGCACAAGAAGCAGUGUAUUCAGCUAUUUUCUGACCAUAGCUGCUCUCCUUUGUCACUCAGGAAAGUACAAACAGUAGCUGUUUGAUAGCAAGAAGACAGACUUUGACUUGUCACUUUGAAGCGAUAAAUACCAUGCAUACCGACUGCUGGUACGCUCCUUUAAGUCAUGUGAAAAAAUCACAUUUUCAGUGGACAGAGAGCUACAGGGGGAGGGCUACAGGACGUUGGACUUGAUGAUAGGAGAUCUGGACUGUUAAGGAAGAUCCAAUGUCUCCAACCCUGACGCCUUAAAGCACCUUUACAAUUUGACUGAAUCGUGCUUAUUUUAAUCAAUGUGCUUUGUUUUAAAUGAUCGACAGGUCAAAGCUAACAGAAAAGUAGUUCUCAUAGGAUUGUUGCUAUACAUCCUGGAUGGCCGUGACCAUUUCACAACAGUGAGUAUUCAAAGUAAAUGAGGCGGGACUCAUCUUGUCAAAGUGUACGUGUAUAUGUGUGGUUGUGCAGGUAGAGUGAUGUGAAUGUAUGCAUACUGAAGAAGACGUUCUGGUUCGCUGUUUUGUUUUUGCCUUCUGUUCACCCUCAGAGUUUUGGAGUGGGAAGUGUAGAGACGUAGAUGUUUGGUAAUCAUUUAAACAUGAACUGAAGUGAAUAAUGAAAAUGUGAAAAUGUGUAUAUUUAGAUAAAUGUAAUGUAAUACAUUGGUGUGUCCUAUAGUCCUGUAGCGUAAGACUUAAAAAACAAGGACGUUUUGUACUCUAGCACUUUCUUUAAUGUGUACUGUAUUAGUUCAUCUUCUACAUGUAAAGUACUGUAUGAAUAAUCAUUACUUGCCUUGUAAUGUUUGAAAUGAUGCUACGUUUAGAAAUGGUAACCAAGAAAAUAAAGAUUUUAGAGUGUAUGCAUGCCAAUGGUUGGGUCCCAGUAUAAUAGGAAAACUAUAUGAAAAAAUGGUGCUAUGUUACACUAUAUAAAGGUGCUUCUAUGGGCCCCAGCUGAAUGCAUGCAAAGAGGAACUAUCAAAAGAAGACUAAAAGAGAAAAAUGAUGUCCUACUGCUGUUCUCAAAUAGUGCUGCUUCCCAAAGAUGUCGGAAAUUCCAACCUUCUAUUUGUUAAAACAAGCACUCCAGCUCUGGUGUACGAUGCAGAAAUCUGAUAACCUGUCAGUGCUUCUGUCACCCUGUUGACUAUCCUCCAGACAUACGUUUGUACGUGUUGGUUUGUUGGGAAGGAGCAUUUUAACUCUAAAGCGUUGUCCGUGUUCUUCCCUGUUUUUUCUGAGCUACAUCACUGGAACACAUGGAGGUUGUUCUUACAAUCUUUUAAGCUGGGAAUUUCCAACUGGAGACUAGCUAUGGGAUGCACAGUAGGGGGGCAGAUAUCCUACCUGAUCACAAAUGGUGAAGUCUAACUGUAAAUAUCAUCAACAGCCUCCACAGCUCUCAGACAAACCAGAACCAGAACCUGAGCUGAGCCUGUGUGUGGCCCUGAGAAAGAAUGGUCCAAUAUGGAAACAGCCCAUUAUCAUGAACAGUAACUCCAGCUGUAGAAGCAGUCCGACAUGAGGUGGUUUCUAUUUUUAAGAAAAGAAAAACGCCAUGUCUAUUUACAGUUACACUGCCUUUGUGAGACAGGUCUAAAAGAUCUAUAGACAAUCUAAUGACAUCAUUUUGUACUUUAAUUCUUCAGAUGUUUAUGUGUUGAAAUCAUUUUUCAUGGAGUUGAAGGGCAAAGAUGUUUGAGUUUGGGAAACGUGCUACUUGUUGCUGGAAAAUGAUUUGGAAAAAGAAAAUGUGUAUGUUUAUUGGUUGUAUUAACCAUCUUUCUUUCUCUUUAUGUUGUUCAUUAAAUGUUUUACAGGAUCAAUUA